ACGUGCGCAUGGGUGACCCAUUCACUCGACGUGGUUAUACUGAGAGUAAGCUUCACGUGAUGAUGGAGAUGGCGCUUUCAGCCACAAGUGGGAACCCUGCAUACGCGAGACGCCAUAGCGGGACAAGUACGAGCCGCUUGCGAUGCCAAGUCAAUCGCCAAGCAGCCAGUGCCCCUUCUUGAUGUAUCGCUGGCAGCCAUGGAUGCCGCAGUGUGUUCGCUCGGCGACACUGUAUCAUUUCAGAGCUGCCUGCUGGUUGGGCUGCUCCGGAGCGCGCAAGAGGAAACGCGAUGCCUUCCCCGCGACGGCGAGUCCGUCUGAUCUUCGGCGUGCUUGUAUUCAUUGCGGUAGUGCUGGUGUACACGCGAAGAGCGCAGGUCGAGGAGUACCGGGACUAUGUGACGGCGAGGGUGGUAGGAGGCGGCGCGGUCCUGCGGGAGAAGCAGCAAGAUCAACAAGCCCCGCUGCGGGCGACUGAGUACCACGAGUACCCGGAUGCUAUUCGCACCGCGGGCCCAGCUGCUGUCCUCGGCGGCCAGGAGCUGAAAUCCUCCUCGUCACGACUGGCGCAGCUGUCGGUAACAUAUGUGACGACGGCUUCGACAAAGUCACUUGGUACGGGUGUGCCUGCAGCUGUCCAGACGACCAGCCUCCCGGCGCAAGCACUACCGCCGAGUGCACAUGGCGAUGACACGAGCAAUGAAGUUCCGGAAGGCCGUAUAGAGAAUAAGGCGCCAGUCGUGAGCACGACCUCGGCCAUUCAUUGGACGAAGUUUCCAGAACACUUUCCGAUCACUUCAACCAUACCGUUGCCAACUGGCACAAGCAAGCCUUUCCCACGGAUACAGUACGCUGGCAAAGAUGCUGGUCAGGCGGAUACAGAACGCCUGGCUAUCAUCAAGCAGGCAGCACAGCAUGCAUGGGAUGGCUAUGCCGAGAUGGCAUGGGGCAUGGAUGAGGUCAAACCGAUAUCUGGACGCUAUAACAAUCCGUUCAACGGGUGGGGCGCAACCCUCGUUGACUCUCUUGAUACGCUGUGGAUCAUGGGCAUGAAGGAAGAGUUUGAAGAUGCUCUCGAGUUUGUCGCUGACAUCGACUUCACAACGUCACUCCGCGCAGACAUACCACUUUUUGAGACGACGAUUCGCUAUCUGGGCGGACUACUGGGAGCAUACGACGUAUCUGGGGCGCAAUACCGCGUCCUACUCGACCAGGCAUCGAGCCUUGCUGAAGUGCUAUACGCCGCUUUCGACACCCCGAACCGCAUGCCGGAUACAUUCUACCGCUGGAAGCCAGCUUUCGCGUCUCAACCACACCGUGCCAAAGCAAGGGUGGUCAUGGCUGAGCUGGGGAGCUUGAGCUUGGAGUUCACGCGCCUCGCACAGCUUACCGGUGAGCCGAAAUACUACGAUGCUAUUGCUCGCAUUACGGAUGCUUUCGACGAGUGGCAGAACAGCACGCGCUUACCGGGCAUGUGGCCGAUCAAUGUCGAUGCUAGCGGAUGUAUGAAGCCUGCGCAACUAGCGCAGGGCUUUCCUGUACCAGGUAGCCGCCAGCAGUCUGUCCCCGGUGCGAGUGCCAACAUUGUGUCUACGAGCUCACAGAAGGUUGACCCGGAGCAGCAGCUCAAGGCACAAGCGAAGCUUGACGCACAGGCUGUGAAGGAAAAGGUGACGAAUGCGCUCGGCUCGUCAAAAGUGAAGCGGCAGCUUGACGUCGAGCAGAUAGAUGCGGCACGGAAUGCUUCAACCGAGCAGACGGCUUGGAAUAGCACUAGGUUCCGUGACGAGCUUCGGCGCUCGCCACCGGUGAUUCACGAGCCCGAGAAUCUCACGGGCACGGACCCAUGCGAACCGCAAGGUCUCGCUUCGCCUAAUAAGUUCAGUCAGGAAGUAUUCACGCUUGGAGGCCAGAGUGACAGCACGUACGAAUACUUGCCAAAGGAGUACAUGCUGCUCGGUGGAGCGAUCGAGCAAUACAAAGACAUGUACAUUGCAAGCGCCGAUGCAGUAAUAAACAAUCUCAUUUACCGGCCGAUGACGCAGGAUGGCACAGAUGUUCUCAUUUCCGGCUCGAUGAAGGUCAGUGUCAACACUACGACAGGCGAGUAUAUCAAAGAGCUUGCUCCCGAAGCCGAGCAUCUCACCUGUUUUGCAGGCGGAAUGUUCGCUAUGGCUGGCAAGAUCUUCAACCGGCCUGGUGACGUGCAAAUCGGCCGCAAGCUCACUGAUGGUUGUGUCUGGGCGUACAAUGCCACCACAACUGGUAUCAUGCCGGAGAUCUUCGAGGCCAUUGAGUGCGAGAACUGGAGUGACUGCAAGUGGAAUCAAACGGCGUACUGGCAGAAGCUGGAUCCUUACGAGGAGACAAGGACGAAGAUUCCGGCUAACUUGGCGGCUACCAACUCGGCUCCUGCGCUUGCGCAUACAAGCACUUCAGUCGCUGUGGCUGCACAAACGAGCACUACUUCCAGUGCGAUGGCGGAAGUGACAGAGUCGGCUGAGGUAAAGAUCCCGGAGGAGGAUCGCUGGUCCAACAACCCGGCCAAGGAUAAGCCUACCGGCAGUGAGCUCGCCUCUGAGUGGAUCAAGACUGGUGGUUCAGAUAUGUCCGCUUUGGACGAUACUCCCACCCGCUGGACAGAUGAGACCAAACAAGGCUCAUCCGAAUCAAGUAGUAACCCUAAGAUCGUCGGCUUUACUAAGCGCCAGCUCGAGAAGCUGGACGACUUGCCCUAUGUUGGUGAAGCCGCUGUCGACUCAUCAUCGGCAGCAGUUGCCGCUUCCAGAGCCACCACCACUCCGGCCGCUCAGGCAACCGUGCCCUCCCCAAAUACUGCAGUCUACACCCCCAAACCUCCACUAUCCCAUUCCGAAUUCGUCCAAAAGAAGAUCGAAGACGAACGCCUGCCGCCCGGCUUCGUCCGCAUCAAAGACCGCAGAUACAUCCUACGUCCCGAAGCCAUCGAGUCCGUCUUCUACAUGUACCGCAUCACGGGCGAGCAGUACUGGCGCGACAUGGGCUGGAAGAUGUUCCUGGCCGUCGACGAGCACACGACCGCGCUGUACGGGAACAGCGCGAUUGACGACGUUACGAAGAUGGCGCCGGAGCAGAAGGACAGUAUGGAAAGCUUUUGGCUGGCGGAGACGCUGAAGUACUUCUAUCUGCUGUUUGACGAUGCGGAGAAGUGGAGUUUAGAUGACUGGGUGUUGAACACAGAGGCGCAUUUCUUUCGACGACCAAAGUAUGAGUUUGAGGCAUAGCGAAUGUGGGCCUGAGUCUAUCAGAAGGCAUUGCGAUCGGAGCCAAGUCCGCUAGCAGUGCAGCUCGCCAAGCCAAGGCGUUGCGGCGUUGAGAUACCCUAGGUACG